AUGACGCUGUCCCCGGACCAAGCCCUCUUCAACAUGAGCCUUGAAUUGCCGCAGGACGCCUCCCACAAGCGUCGUCGACUCAACUCGACUGAGCCCACAGGGAUAUGUAUGCGUAACAGCCGCGCCCAGCAUGCACCGCCUCCGCCAACCUCUGCUUUCAAACGGAUCCCGUUGGCAGAUUUGUUGUGCAAGCCGCCCACCCCACCGCCUGAGAUAGUCAAGCGGAUCGAGGUGGCGAACAUAUUGUGCAAAUUCUCCUCUCCCCCACUUGCAAGCCCUGUACCUGCUUCUCCUGAGCAAUUGCCGUACCCUUCUCCCCCACUUGGAGGCUUCAAAGGCAAAAAAGAACCAGCUGAUCAUUACAACAAGCUGUUGCCGCAACUCUGUGAUGUGGCAGCUUUUUUAGGCCCACCCAAGGUGGCACCACCGCUAAUUGCUGAUAUUACAAAGACCGCGAAACAAUCGAGACCGAAGGCUAACUCUGUGGUGUACCUGAGUGACUCAGAGUUGUCGGAUAUCGAAGACCUUGUCGACGAGUCAUUCACUCACUUACCAGUGAUCUCGCGGCGUAUCCGUCGGCAAUACCAACCAUGGACUUAUAACUAA